UUUCACGCGGUCUGGCCCACAAACGCCAACUUGUCAACCCAGCAAUUAAUCUCUCCAUUUGCUAAGGAUGGGAGGAGGUCCAUCUAGAUACGUUCCGGAGCCCUCUUUAUCCGCUGAGGAGAAAGUAGCGCAGGCCUUGCGAGAGAGAGCUGAAUGGAUACACCAUCUAUUCCCGAUCCAGAGCACGGACGAUGAUGUAGACCCAUCGUUGUUAUCAUCCUCGCGAAACGCGAUAAUCUCUGCGUCUGAUGGCAAGCCGACUUCUACUCCGUAUCUGGUAUUAUUACCCCCAGAAAUCAUAGAAAAUAUCCUCAGCAGCUUGAAUAAUCGCGCAAUUAAAAACCUGCGCCUUACAUGUCGGCGGUUUGCCGCUAUUGCGGCGCUGCGCAUCAACAGGGUAUUCCUCUCGGCAAAUCCCCUUAAUAUUCAGGUCUUUCGCGCCAUUGCCGACCAUGAUGUGCUUCGUCAUAAGAUAGUUGAGAUUAUUUAUGACGACGCGCGUCUAUGGCGCUCCGCGGUUGAUGCUGCUGAGGCUCGAGAGCCCACAGAACCUGGCUUUACUUGGAGACAAUUUCCAUCCGACAUGGAGUGGUUUGAGAGUGAGCGUGAUGAAAAUAUAGAAAAUAUAUGCGGUCGCCUUGGCUGCGAUGAUCCGAGGCGCCCCGAGCAUGUUGCCAGGGCUCGGCGCGCGCGUGCUGAAUUAUCUCUGGGGGAAUCAUGGGAAUACUACCAAGUUCUACUACGCCAGCAAGAAGAAGUCAUUACUAGUGGAGCUGAUGCAGAUGCGCUUCGAUAUGGGUUGCAAAGGUUUUCCUCACUUCGAAAGGUCACAGUCACUCCCGCUACUCAUGGGUGGCUGUUUUCACCUCUUUAUGAAACUCCCAUGAUUCGAGCUUUUCCAUACGGAUUCAACUGUCCGAUCCCGCGUGCCUGGCCUUAUGUGAUCGACACGACCAUUCAUGCUGCACCAUGGGAGAAUGAAAAAGCGAGAUGGCGCGGCUUCAAUCUGGUCACAAAGAUAUUGGCCGAGGAGCAGCAUAAUGUUUCGGAAUAUGAAAUUGAUGGCCACUACCUUGGGACUGGGCUCAAUUGUCGAUUAUUUGAUAGGCGGUGCGAGGAGUAUGACGAUUUCGUAUCAGUUCUUCGUCUUCCAAAUUUUAAGAAGCUGAAACUAUCGCUUUUUGUGGAUGGCCAAGACUUUGUGGACUGGUCAGCUGUUUGUAAUGGUCUGUUGCGUAAGGCCCUGGCAGAAGCUACGCAAUUGGAGCAUGUGAGCAUAGCUAUGGGUUGGGAUCCAGAUGGCAGAGAGCAAUUGCCGGAAUUGAGAAGAUUCCUUCCUAUCGAGUGCUGGCCUAAGCUGCAACAUUUCGAGCUGUGGCAUGUUGCAGUCGAAACAGCCGAGUUAUUAUCAGUCAUUUCACAACUCCCAGAUGGACUGCUUUCUCUCCAGCUAAACAUGUUAGUCAUUUCCCAUGCUGACGGCUACCGCGACUUACUCAACGAGAUGCGCGACAAAUUGCAUUGGGGAGAGCAGCGCCCUCACACAAGGGUGAUCAUGGCUGCAUCUACCGACGAUCACACUCGUGGGCGCGCGAUAUGGGUUGAAAAAGAGAUUGAUGACUUCCUUAAGCGUGGUGGUAUAAAUCCUUUUGAGAAUAACGGUCAGGAACUUUUUACGCCUUGCUAUGGAAUGGGGGUAGUACGUGAUGUGUUUGACCCGGACUGGACAAGGCCCUGGGCAGAAUACGAAACAUACCGAAAAUUGGGGUAUUAUGAGACCUCAUAAUCAUUGAGCGUUAUCAAACCAAGUUUCUGCUCGUUUGCUAGUUAGUGGCCACGUAAUAUUGUACAACGGACUACCCGUUGUGCUCUAUCGGCCUUUUAAUAUCAGCACGAAAG